CAAAAUCAACCGUUGAUUGGGAAGGUGCGCUGCGACUUUACCUAACCUUCCGAUACCGAUUUGAUGUGGAUGCCGCCGCGAAGCGAAUGAAUUCACGGCAAAGGUAGAAUAACGCAAUGUUUUGGUUGAUAACCGUCAAAUUCGAUUGAUAAGGAAGUCGGUUGUGUGUGAAUCGGCGGGAAACGCGAGUGUAUUCAAUAGUGUUUUUGGAAAAAACGACCCUUUUCAUUCAGAAAGGUGUAAAGUUGAAUAACAACAAUAAAAUACAGUUUUCCACCAUUGGGUUUUUAUCAGAAGCUCCGUUUGAAAAAAUAUCCUGGGCUACAAAUUUGGCAUGAGGUGGAAAAAGACGGCACCAUGGACUAUUCUGAUUUGUGCCACGUGUUUUGCCUCUGCACAAGAUGCCAAUCAAUACAAGGAUCCUUAUAACAGAUAUAACCCUUCAAGGGACCCUAAUGAUGCACCGUAUGGCAACCUACCACCGCCUAAUUCCUUGGAUCCUACCGACUCCUAUAAUAGAGAUAGGAGCCAAUUUGGUCAAGAUGCUUACAAUAAGGACAGAGAUAGAAGCAAUCAGUUUGGUCCUGAUCCCUACGACAACCAAAAUGGUGCCUACGAUUACACUCCCUAUAGAAACCCAUUAGUUUAUGGCGGUGAAAAAAUCGAACAUGCUGCCAUCAUCAAAGAAGCCACUUACUUUGUGGUAGCCUCAAAAAUGGUCAGACCAGGUCAAUUAUACAGAGUCUCUGUAACAGUUUUGAAAGAAAAACAACCUCUCAUAGUUAGAGCGUCGAUAUCGCGCAAUGGCGUUGAAAUGUCAACGGAUCAUAAGGACGUUAAAGAGGGUAUUCCUGAAACACUUUUGAUGCAAGUGCCUACUACUAGUGCCUCUGGAGAAUACAAACUUCGUGUAGAAGGAUUGUAUGAAGAUAUUUUAGGGGGCGUAGCGUUUUCUAACGAGACAAAAUUGACGUUUUCUCAAAGAUCCAUGACGAUUUUUAUACAGUUGGACAAGCCUGUGUAUAUGCAAGGAGAAACAGUUCGUUUUAGAACUAUCCCUAUCAACACUGAACUGAAAGCUUUCAAUGAUGCCAUAGAUGUUUAUAUGUUGGAUCCUAAUGGCCGAAUUUUGAAAAGGUGGCUCUCACGACAGUCGAAUCUCGGCACUGUUAGUUUGGAUUACCAACUCUCCGAUCAACCAGCUUUUGGAGAAUGGAAAAUCAGAGUAAUUGCUCAAGGGCAACGCGAAGAAUCUACUUUCAUGGUCGAAGAAUAUUACCAAACUAGAUUUGAAGUAAACGUUACCAUGCCAGCAUUUUUCCUAAACACUGAACCUUUUAUUACUGGUAUAGUAAUGGCGAAUUACACUAGUGGCGCUCCAGUACGCGGAAACCUAACUCUCAAAGCUUCGGUUAGACAUAUUAAGCCUAUUGAUGUUAAUAGAAUGCUGAAAAAGAACAGACCGAGACCUAUUGAGAGCAAUUUGUACAAUCCGUAUGGGCCAAAUGAUUUUUGGAAACCUGACGAUUAUCAUAGGAGGUUUGGUGAAGAUUCUUAUAAUAGGCAGAACUUUCCUUACGAUGGUAAUCUCAACAGGCAAAGACAGUUUGAUAAUUAUUAUGACAACUAUGAUCAAUACAAUAAGCCGGUCAUAGAAAAGUACUACAAUUUUCUUGAAGAGUUUCCGGCGUGGAUGCCGCAGAACCAGUACUGGGAAUCGGUACCGAGUUUAAAAUUUUUCUAUGGUACUUACAACUUCAAAUUCCCUAUUGGAGAUUUGCUGGAAUUCACGCCCAAUUUGGAUGGGAUGGAAAUUGUAAUCACUGCCACAGUUGGUGAUAGAUAUUUGGACGAAGUCAUUGAAGGUUAUUCCAUUGCAAGAAUAUUCAAUUCAUCGGUCAAAUUAAAAUUCUUGGGCGAAUCUCCUCAAGUCUUCAAGCCUGGCAUGCCCUUAACCACUUACCUAGUAGCCUCGUUUUAUGACGGUUCCCCUCUCUCCGAAGAAAGCUUGGCAAAUAGUUUUAUGGAGGUAACAGCUUUUGUUGAAAAGCGCGGCGGUGGUAGAAUGGACUUACCUCCCAAAAAACUAUGGAUGAUGAGUGAGCAGCCGGGUAUUUGGGAGUAUAAGGUGGAUUUGAAAAGAGAGUUAGGCAUUUUCGGCCCAAGGGCCUUCGAAGAAUUAAGCCAACUGAGUACCUUGAGAAUACAAGCUACUUUUAGGGAUGAGUAUAUGAAUCAACAUGCUACAACUGAGUUGCUACUAUUAGCUCAUUAUAGUAACAACGAUCAGCAUAUUAAAGUGACUACCAGCACUUUAGCACCGAGAGUAGGGGAAUUUAUGAUUUUCCAUAUCAGAUCCAACUACUACAUUGACAAAUUCAACUAUAUUAUCAUAGCCAAAGGCAUAGUACUAGUGACAGGCGAUCAAGACAUGAACGAUUUUGUUAGUACCAUGUCCAUAGCUCUUAGUGCCGAAAUGGCACCAGUAACUACCAUAGUCGUAUGGCAUUUGGGACGUUAUGGAGACUUGGCAGUGGACAGUUUAACUUUUCCAGUGAACGGUAUCAGUCGGAAUAAAUUCAAAGUUAUGAUAAAUAAUAAAAAAGCAAGAACAGGACACAAAGUGGAAGUAGUGAUUUAUGGAGAACCUGGAUCUUAUGUGGGUCUCUCUGGAAUCGACCGGUCGUUCUACACAAUGCAGGCUGGUAACGAAUUGACUUAUGCUAAAGUUAUUACUAAAAUGAUGACGUUCGAUGAACAUAUUAAUGGUACUUUAAAACACGAUUGGAUGUCACACGAAGGUUAUCCAGAUGAAUUAAUAUAUUUCCCAUCUAGUACUUAUGGAAUAGACGCCAAUCGCACCUUUGAGUAUGCUGGAUUGGUUGUUUUUAGUGAUUUUGAACUAACUAGGCGACCCAGCUAUUGCAAUAUAUCUCAAGGUCUUGGUGAAUGCCUCAAUGGUAGAUGUUACAGAUUGAGUAAAAGAUGCGACUAUUAUAGAGACUGUGAAGACGGCACCGAUGAAGCAGGAUGUAAUUACGAAAACAGUACCGAGCUAGCACUAUUUAGAAAAUUCCGAUUCAACAGAGUGCAACGCCAAUACGAAAAUGUAUGGGUUUGGAAGGACGUCAAUAUUGGACCACACGGCAGAUAUAUUUUCAAUGUAGAUGUUCCAGCAAGGCCAGCUCAUUGGAUGGUAUCUGCCUUCUCUAUGAGUCCGACACUAGGAUUUGGAAUGCUGAAUAAAGCCAUAGAUUAUGUGGGGGUUUUGCCUUUCUUUAUUAAUGUGGAAAUGCCUACAAUUUGUAUGCAAGGUGAACAGGUUGGUAUCAGAGUCACAGUCUUCAACUACAUGGAAGACAAUAUGGAAGCCACAGUCAUACUGAAAGGAUCUCCAGAUUACAAGUUUGUUCACGUAGAAGAGAAUGGAUUUGUCACUGCCUACAAUCCUAGAACUUCUUUUGGAGAACACCAGUUCUUUAUCUUCAUAAAAGCUCAAGAUGCUGCACAAGUAUACGUUCCCAUUGUGCCCACUCGUCUAGGCGACAUUUACGUGACUGUUUAUGCUGCUACCCUUAUUGGCAAGGAUGAAGUAACCAGGAAACUUCGUGUCGAAGCUGAUGGGUUACCACAAUACAGACAUCAAUCUGUAUUAUUGGAUUUGAGUAAUAGGGCUUAUACGUUCCAGUAUAUGCACGUGAAUAUUACCGAAACUCCGAUUAUUCCUUAUGAAUAUGAUAGAUACUACGUGUAUGGUUCCAAUAAGGCUAGUAUAUCAAUAGUAGGCGACGUGGUCGGUCCAAUUUUCCCCACAAUGCCUGUGAACGCCACAUCUCUCCUAUACCUGCCGAUGGAUUCGGCCGAACAAAACAUGUUUUCCUUCGCAGUCAACAUGUACACCCUACUAUACAUGAGAUACACUCAGCAAAAAAACAAAACUCUACAAAAACAGGCUUUUCAUUAUUUAAACGUCGGCUAUCAGAGGCAGUUGAGUUUCAUGCAACCCGAUGGCAGUUUUUCCACAUUUAGAAGCGACUGGAACAAUUCCGCGUCUUCGGUUUGGUUGACCGCGUACUGUGCAAGGAUUUUACAGGAAGCCAGUUUUUACGAAUGGGAAAAUUACAUUUAUAUCGAUCCAGAUGUUAUAGCUAAGUCGGUUGAGUGGGUUUUGAAACAUCAAACCGAGGAAGGGUCGUUUUAUGAAACAACUUGGAUGCCCGACAGGAAAUAUAAUUCUUCACUUAACUUUGAUCACAACAAUAUCGCUCAAAGGAAUAUUACUUUGACUGCGCAUGUACUUAUUACUUUGGAGAGUGUUAAGGAUUUAACAAGUGGUCUAAGCUCUAGAGUGGCCAUAGCUGCAAAAAAAGCAAUUUCCUGGCUUGAAAAGAAUAUGGAUCUGGUUGAGGAUAAAGGACAAGCUUUCGACACGGCCAUUGUGGCAUACGCGCUUAUGAAAAUUAAAGCAGCCAAUGCGGAAAGGGCCUUUUUGGCUCUAUCGAGAAAGGCUGUUCUGGAAGGAGGUUUAGUCUACUUCGCCCGGAAAAGUAUACCUCAGCCGCCCUUUAAAGUGGAAAAUCAGAAACCAUUCUUAUUGCCCAGAUUACCUUACGAAUAUGACAGCGAAAAUAUUGAAGCUACAGCCUACGCUUUGAUGGUGUAUGUUGAGAGGCAGGAGUUGUAUGUCGAUAACAUUGUCAGAUGGCUUAAUACGCAACGCCUCUCUGACGGUGGUUGGGCUUCAACUUCCGAUACAGCUAACGCGAUGAAGGCUCUAAUCAAGUACACUUCCGCUCAAAGAAUCAGAGAUAUUUCGAGCCUCUCGGUGACGGUCGAAGCGACAUCUUUACCAGGAAAAAGUCAAGUGCUUUAUGUAAAUGACAAAAAUAGAGCCAAAUUGCAACACAUUGAAAUACCCAAUGCUUGGGGUACUGUAAAAGUUGACGCCAGAGGUACAGGAUAUGCCAUUCUUCAAAUGCACGUCCAAUACAAUGUCGACAUAGAAAAAUACCAAACACCGCCGCCUGUUAGAGCUUUCGAGUUGGUUACCAAACAAUAUUACUAUGGUAGAAAUCAGUCUCACAUCACCUACGUUAGCUGUCAAAGGUGGAUCCACACCAACGAAUCUCAAAGAUCCGGCUUAGCCAUCCUGGACGUUACAAUUCCUACAGGAUAUAUUGUGCAACAACAGGAUUUGGAUGCCUACAUAAUUUCUAGAAGAGUUAGAAAUUUGCAGAGGGCUCGGUUUCAGGAGAGAAAAGUGAUUUUCUAUUUUGAUUAUCUGGAUACAGAAGACACUUGUGUGAACUUCACUGUCGAGCGAUGGCAUCCUGUGGCAAACAUGUCUCGGUACUUGGCGGCCAGAGUUUACGAUUAUUAUGCACCGGAACGAUUCAACGAAACUCUCAUCGACGCCCUCUCCUCGUACGUACUCGACAUCUGCCAAGUAUGCGGCAGCUCACAAUGCCCCUACUGCUGGAUAUACAAUUCAGCCAGCCACUUGUCAAUACCGCUAUUCACAAUUUUAGCAACCAGCUUUGUAUUGCUAUUGAGGAACACAAGGGUAACGCAUUAUUUUGACGAGUUUGUGUAAGUUCAAGCGAGACUGAUGCAUUGUAGCUAUUUUGUAUAAAGACUUUUUUUUUAAUUGUAAAAAGAAAGGUGUGUCAGUGUUUAUAUGUGAUUCGAGACAUUUGAUGUCAGCGCAUUUUUGAUGAGCUUUUGUGGUGACGGUUUUAUUUGUGGUUUUUCAUGAGACUUGUUUCUUAUCAAUUAUUAAUAAAUAAUAAUUAACAAAGAACAGAAACAUGCCCACAGAAAGACCAAUACUUUAUGCCUAAAAAUCUAGAGAUUCAAAUACCACAUUUCUCCCUAUCUCAACAGGCUUUAGUGUAACUUUAAAAGUCAAAAUGUUGGUUCUUUCAAUACAAAAAACCAGGAUACAACAGAAAAGGAUUCCAAAAAUCAAAACAGUGCAUCAUGUGACAAUAUAUUGCACCAUCAAAAAAUCUUUCUUCAUAUUGUCGGCAAUAGUUGAAACAUAAACUUGCUAUUUUUGCCAUCACAUUUUGGACAGAUGCGAUUAUUGUUCUGAAUUUAAUCCCUUUGGAUGGCUUGCUUUAUUUCCUAUGCUUAUGGGGACCAACUGCCAUCAAUCACAAAAGUGACUUGCUCUCCAGGUUUGGACUGGAUUCUAGCUCUUGCUCUUUUAGGAAAGGGUUUCAGGAAAUUGCACUAUCAUUUUCUUAUCUUCCGUUCAAGUAUGUUUUUUUCAUAUCUGAGAUAAUAUGAGGAUUCUACCCCUUUGAAGGGCUAACAAUAAAAUUGACUGGCGAUUAGUUUGUUAGUAUUAGGUCUAGAUAAAAUGUGCUUUUUUGAAAUCUAGUAAAUAAAACCGUUGCCUAGCUCUUAGACCAUUGUCUUCCCCUUCAGCCAUAACAUCGAAGCUAACGCAGUCAAAAAUGUAUAGAAACCAUUUGUACAAUAUAAGCUUAAGUUUCUAAUUAGAAAGUACAAAGCGACGUAGUGCCUACAUUUGAUAUUACCCAUGACUCAGAUAAGGUGAUAUUAAGGUUUGCCUUUAUAAAACGAAUAAAAGUAAAAAGAUAAGCCAUAUCUCGAUAAUUGAAAUGUGUGACAUAGUCUGAAUUAUAUCGCUUAGUACCAGUAAUAGUGUAUUUUAUUUUUUAUAGUGAUUUAUAUUAGUGGUGUAGUUGAUUAUUUACAAUAUACAGGGUGUUUCCAACAGUAUACAAAAAGAAAGAGUUGUUUCAGUGAAGUAUUAUUGUAAUUUCAAUCAUCAUUUAUAUGUAGGUAUACACCCUGUAUAACAAUGAAAAUAUAAUUUAGUAAAGGACUGCUUGAACGGCUUAUUACCUAUUUGAUUGUAGGUAUGAAUAUAUAAAAUUAGAUCAAGUCGCUCACCUAAUAAUGUCAAAUAACCCAGAUACAUUUUCAAUCAUAAAUUAUUACUCUGUAUCUGGACUCUGGACUACUCUAAUAAGGUGUCCUUUAGUAAAUUAUUGUUCCAAAGGCAACAUUGGCCAUUUUAUCAUAGAGCAAAAUUUAUAAUGCUCAUUUAGUCUCUAAAAACCGUCCAUUGGUACCGACCCAGUCGGUGCCUCCUAUUCAACUUUGAUAAUUUAUAGAAAUUUAGACCAAAAUAUUUAUAAUAUAUUAUUUUAUUUUUGGAGGACUUUUAUUGACGAGAUUUGUUUAGAAAUACUAGAGAAGUAGAACUCAAUCUAGCCAAUAAAAGUCUUCAAAAAUUUUAAUUUAAGGUAGCUAGGUAUUUUGUUAAAUAAUGUAAUAAUUUUUUAUAUUUUCUAUUAUUUUUGAGUUUACAGUUUGAAAUUGAAACAAGCCAACUUAUGCAGUGGAUAUUUCUUUUUUGUGUGCGCCUUUUUGUGUUUUUUUUUUAUGUAUAUUUUUUUUAUUUUGUAAAAACCACAUUGCUUUAAAUUAGUAUUUAAAAAUUGCAUAGGUUUCAAAGUUUGUGUAGGCUACAACGACUGUAAGCGUUCAAAAAGUGAAAAUUGUCAUUAUUUUGUGUUUUGUCUCAUUUUUAUUGUACAUAAAUUUUGUCUUUUCUUCUACAUACUUACUUUUUGUGAUAAGUACAUGAGAUUUUAAGAAAAAUAAAAAAAUGUUUGUUUACAACCAUGUUGAUCUUGAAAAUAAAGAAUCUCAUUUUUUGAUAAAUUAUUGUUUUUGGAUUUU